AUGGAGUACUUUCGAGUCGUGUGCGCUGGUGAAUUUUCUCUAUUUUUUGAAAUCGCCGAGUGGGAAGACGUAAUCCUCCAGGGCACUCUCACUGAACCAGCAUUGCAUCAUGCGGCCUUAUCAAUCGGAGCUUUGGCUAGCAGGCGUUACCAUCCUAACGUGUGGCAAAGCACCCCAGCGCUAGUCUUUUCAAUACGACAUUAUAGCAUGGCCAUCCUGGAUCUCCAAGCUCGACUUGAUGGAUCUCCCCGAAGUAUGGAGAUUGCUGUCUUGGCGAGCGUUCUCUUCAGUUACAUAGAAUUUCUUCUGGAUAUCGAUAGUCGGAUCGAGAUGCAUAUGCAGGCAGGCUGUUCCAUGCUUGAGAAACUCCCCAGGAGGCCAGAUAUAAUACCUGCACCUUUUAAUGAGGCCGGAUCGAAUCUUGAGGUCGACAGUUCAUCUACGAAGUAUCAUCUACUUACUCGUGCUAUGUAUCAGCUUACAACUCAAAUGACGUCUUUGCGGCAAUUUGAUUGA